GUACGACGUCGUGCGACGGUUGUGAUGCAGCGCACAAUGAACCGCAGCUCUGAUCUAGACUGUCCUUAUCUUCCAUUAUAUAUACCACCCACACUACCCCCUCUCUUCUCUUUUCUUCUUUUUUUGUUAUGCACGCAAAAUGAAAUUCGCACUCUUCCACUCCCAACCCAUCGUCCCCGGCAACAGCGCCGACGGCCGCCCGCCGCCGGUGCUGGAGUAUCCCGAGGAAGCGCGCAAGCGGGUGCGGUCGCGGAGUGAUCGCGUGCUGAUGAAGGUGUGGGACUCGUUUGGGAAGCAGGGCGAGGAGCGCAGUUUUUUGAUGAAGAUUGAUGGGUUUUUGCUGUUGUAUAUUGUGCUUUCGUAUUUGAUUAAGACUCUUGAUUCGACCAAUAUCAACAACGCAUACGUCUCAGGAAUGAAGGAAGAUCUCUCGCUCUACGGCAACGAGCUCAACCUCUUCUCGACCUUCUACUCAGUCGGCUACUUCCUCGGCUCCGUCCCCUCGCAACUUCUCACGAACCGCGUCCGCCCCUCGCUCGUGAUUCCGACGAUCGAAAUCAUCUGGAGCGCGGUAACGAUGACGACAGCCGCCUGCCAAUCCGCAAAGACAAUCUACGCGGUCCGGCUACUCAUGGGCCUGCUCGAGGCGUCCAUCUUCCCCAGCUUCAGCCACAUCAUCGGCAGCUGGUACACGCCCGAGGAGCUCGGGAAGCGGUACUCGCUCUUUUACAUGGCGCAGCCGCUCGCGAAUAUGUUUUCGGGAUACAUCCAGGCGGGCGUGUACACGUCGAUGGACGGUCUCGGCGGGCUGCAGGGCUGGCGGUGGCUGUUUAUUAUCGACGGGAUUAUCUCGGUGCCGAUCUCGUGCUAUGGGUUUGUCGCGCUGCCGGAUUACCCAAACAAGUGUCAUGCAAUCUACCUGAGUCCGCGGGAGUUGCUGGUUGCGAACUUGAGGAUGGAUCGCGUGGGGCGCAAGGCGCCGGAGAAGAUCACGAGCAAGAAGUUCUUUGCCAUGUUCCGCACCUGGCGGCCGUAUGUGUUUAUUCCGAUGUACAACUUUGCGCUGCUGGCGUACUACUUUAGCUACUUUAAUCUGUGGCUCAAGUCGCUGGACAAGUACUCGGUGCAGCAGAUCAACGUGAUUCCUACGGGCGGGUACGGGCUCGCGCUGGUGUCGGGCUACGUGUUUGGCAGCAUCUCGGACGCGAUCGGCAAGCGGUGGCCGUGCUGGGCGGUUGUGAUUGUGCUGCAGUUUGUAGGCAGUGUGGUUCUAGCGGUAUGGCCGCCGUCGGUCGGGGCAAAGAUGUUUGGCUUCUUGAUUGGGUUUAUCGGGUAUGCCGGGUUCCCGCUGAUGCUGACGUGGUCGUCCGAGGCGUUCCAGGACGACCCGAUGUCGAGGGGCGUGCUGGUGGGGAUGGGAAACUCGGUGAAUAUGAUUAUCGGGUUCUGGUGGUCGCUGGUGGUGUAUCCGACGGUGCAGGCGCCGCAUUACAAGGGCGGGUAUAAGGUGAUUGCGGGGGUGAUUGGGUUGCUGGCGGUGAAUGUUGUGGUGUUUGGGUGGAUGGUGCGCCGGGAGCAGAGGAGGAGGGGGAUGGUGAUCAACGCGUAUGGACUGGCUGUGAUGCGGGAGUUGGACGUGGUCGAGAGCGCGACCGCGAGCGAGGCAGGCGACGACGGAGACAAAGAGAAGAAGGAGGUGGUUGUGCGCGCCGCAUCGUACGAGGCUAGGAGCGAGGCAGGGGGUAAGGUUUGAGCUUAUGUAAUAGUGCGGAGAACAGCAGCCGAAAGUCAGUCCGAGGAGUUUGUCCGAGAGCGAA